CCCAAUUCCCUCUCUCAUUUUCACUUUCUUUCUAAUUCAUUUUCCUAUAUAUCUUCUCUCUUCCCACCACCACCACAUCUCCUUCUUCCUCUCUCUUCCCCAUGUCUGUUUAAUUCUUCAAUAUGAGAAAAAUCUUCUGCUUCCCCUUUACACCACUAUCUCUUUAGGUUUAAUUUCAUUUCCCCCUCCCCCCUUCCUCUUUUCUUUUUCUCACAUCAUCGUAGAAAGGAAUUCAAGAUCCACUGAAAAGAUAUCCUAAACCCUUUCUUCUUUGUUGCAGAAACCACGUACCCAGAAAGAGAAAAGGAGAAAAGAAGGUGUGGAAAUGUCUGGUAAAGGAGUUUUCAGUACUGAUAUUCAACAACCAUCUUUGAAUCCGAUUCCUGAUCUUUCUCUGCACAUCAGUCCUCCCAACAGUGCUCCUUCCUCAAUCUGCACCGGCCCUAACGACUUGGAUAUAUGGCGGAAGGAAGACGACAGUUCUGGUUUAAAAUCACACAGUGACAGCUCCAUUAAAGCUGACACAGAGCUCUCUCUAGCCAACCCCACAACUUUUGAGGCUGAAAGUCCGUGGAGGAGAAGGGAUCAAGCAACAAGACCGAACACCGGGGGUUUCAAUUUUGGUGGCUGUUCGAGUAGUGAAUCAAUGAGUCGAAUCAAUCAUGGGAUUUCAUGGCUUGAUGUUUCUGGGUUAAAACCCAUUAAAGGGAUUCCAGUUUACAACAACUGCGGCUUCCCUCUUUCAUCUGCUUCUUCCGAUCAUGGAGAGAACAUGGAUCGUAGGUUUAGCUCUUACCAAACGGCGUCGUAUGCUUCUUCUUCUUCUUCUUCCGUGUUGAGCUCAAGUACUAAUUACGCCUCAAAAUCUCCCCUACCCAGUUAUUAUAAUCGAAUGGGGAGGUCCCCGAAGUUCAACGGGCUACCAAUGGAGACGGUUAGAUCGCAGUAUGAGUACUACGGAGGUGGGUUCGGUGGUGCAGAGAUGUGUAGUAAUGGCAUGAUUAGAUCGAGAUUCAUACCAAAGCUUCAGAGUAAGCGGAACAUGAGAGCACCUCGGAUGAGAUGGACAACCUCCCUUCACGCUCGUUUUGUUCAUGCUGUUGAGCUCCUCGGCGGCCAUGAAAGGGCAACACCAAAGUCAGUCCUGGAGCUAAUGGACGUGAAAGAUCUUACUCUGGCUCAUGUGAAAAGCCAUUUACAGAUGUAUAGAACUGUUAAGAGCACUGACAAGGCUGCACCCUCCUCAGAUGGGUCUGGAGAUGAAGAUUUCUUGGCAUCAUCAACAAGGUCCCUCCAACAAAUCAAUAAUAUUAAUUCUAACUCUUUACUCAACCAGAGGGAAACUCUAAAUUCACCUGCCGAGCACCAUAACCCCUGUGCUUCUCCUAAUCUGUGGAGUAACUCUUCCAGUAGAGGAAGUAGUUGGGUUAACAACUCAAGUAAUCUAGAGAGACCAAGACCAGAAAAUCUGUCAUCCCAAACAACAUCUGGAACCCAAUUUCAUGAGAUGCAGGUAUCAAAUGGAUAUAGAAGAUCACACUUAGAGAUUCAGAAUCCAAGCUUGGAGUUCACCUUGGGAAGACCCACUUGGCAAAACCAAGAACAUGGGUAAGCUAAAA